AUGUCCUACCAGACGCCUGGUACCUUCGCAAGGGCGCCCAACCCUAGAUCUCCAGUCGCCCGAAUGACCGAAGAGGAUUCACAGAACGAUGAUGGAAGGGCUUCUGGCCGACAGCGGGCCACCUCGCGGCUCAAUGGGACGCAUGCUCAAGACCACGUUGUUUCCUUUGCCAGUACCGACAGACCUGCCCCGACCUCGCCGAAGACUGAGUCAGAUGUCGGGCACAUGUUAGAAGACAUCAAAACCCAUUUAGCCGAACAGAGGACAUUCAUGCAGCAACUAUUGAACGAACAGCUAGCCGCCAUGCAAGAACAGACUCAAAUCCUACGUAGUAUCUCUACUCGCCAGGCUGGACAAGAUAACUCGACACGGCCUAUCCCCCAGGUCCCGCUGCGAAAUGCUGGCGCCUGGAACCCUCUACUCAAAUCUACAUUGAGUCAAAUUGCACCGAUCAUGGACCGCUGGCGCGGGGGAUUGGACACUUUGCUCAUCUUCGUUGGUCUGUUCUCCGCUAUCGUGACAACGUUCCUUGUGGAAUCAUUGGGUGACCUGCAAGUCGACCAGGGCGAGCGAACAAACGAGAUUCUCGCCAACAUAACUGAGAUUCUCGUGUCUCUCGCUGGGCCCGCGGGUGCGGGAGGGUUGACGGUGACGCCAACUGAAGAGGUCUUCUCUCCAAGCUCGGAUGUUAUCCGCGUGAACAUAUUUUGGUCACUAUCUCUGAUUCUUUCGCUCUCCCUCGCCGCGUUGGCCGUUGUCGGCCGCGCAUACCUGUUCAAACUGACCCGCCCGGAUGGCGAUAGCGUCACUCGCUUAACCGACAUCCACCAGCGGUGGAAAGGCGCUCAGACACUACUCGGGCCUUGCGUAGAGUUCCUGCCGCUGCUGCUCGUUGUCCCGGUGAUCCUAUUCAUCAUAGGAUUUCUGGACAACCUGAUCGUCAGCGCGCUCCAAGCCACCGCAGUUGUUUGGCCCGUUCUCAUAGCGGCUAUCGUUGCCUGCGUCAUUGUAGCCCUUGUGGGCUGUCUGAUGGUGUAUUCCUUUGUGCAUGGUGUGACACGCCCUCACGAGUCGCCAUUCCAUAUCGGAGGGCAUCAUCAUCCUGCUAUAGAGGAUGAGUCCACGGUACAUGCGAAUAUUGUGGCAUAUCAUCACACAAUCCAGCGUACCUACGACGACGAGGUUUUGGACCAGGCUGCAGCUGCUUUGAAGGCCAUAUUGCAGAAUUCCGUCCCAUGGAUGGGUGUGCCAGGGAUGCAUGGGGAGUGGCCAUCCUCAGUGGUCUCUGCACUGGAGCUGGAUACCUUUCUGCACUUGCUAUCACCAGAAUCAAGCAUCAGAUGCAACAUCACUGUUGCUAAUAUGCUUGUUGAGAGUGAGGUCAAUUUCCUGGAGAAAUGCAUAUCUCCGAAGCAGAAGGCCCAGCUUCUUUCAGCCUUGCUGAAGGCCAUAGAAGUCAGUCGUUGGCAAAACAGAGAUAUCAGGUAUCUGUUGGACUCACCAUUGCUAUCAGCUAUGGCAGUAAUUGUCCAAAGCACCUGGGUUUUGGCACUCAAGAAGCUCAAUCUUGCUGACCAGUGUGUGGUCAACAAUACUUUGAUCAUGGGACCCAAGUCCAUCCUUGUGUUGCUCACUGCCAACACUGCACAUCCAGCCAGCCACAGCAUGGAUGAUAUGUAUAUCUACGAUGUCAACAUCAGUGUUGCCAAAUUUGCACAUUCUGUCUUGCAGGCACUACUUCAUGCCUCUUCAGAUAGAAUCCAUGAUAUUUUUCUUGAGGCAAGAUAUACAUUGCACAUCAUUGGACCAUAUCCUACAGUAACAACUCCAACCCUUGCUGCACUAUCACAAGCCUUUGGAGAUGACGAUGUAUUUCAUGCACAAUUCUUCCCAUUGCUUUUGAUGCUACUCCAUGGAUUUGUCUUGUAUAAGAACACUGCUGAUGGCACAAGCUUCAAUAGGAUGACCAAUACUGCCAUUUCCUGGUUGCUUAUGAAGCCAGGAGAGUGGUUGACAUCCAAUUUCAGGCUAUUAUCAUCAAAGCCUUUAUUGUCAUUGUCAUCAUUCUCAGACCCAAUUCUCAAUCAUCGGUUGUUAAAGACAAUUGAAAGACUAUGCCAUCAGGAUGUUCCCAAUGGCUAUGGGGUUGCUGGGCAAUUCAUAAAAAAUGUUCUCAACUCAGAUUGCCAAGAGGUCAUUGUAUGUCCGAAGUCUGCAAAGGAGCUUGUUCCACUCCCCUCAAUCCUCUUCUGCCAAGUCAUUGAGCAAUUCUUGAGGACAAUGAGCUUUGCUCAGCAUACCAAACUGGCAAAGAGUCAGCAAAGUCUUCAGUCUGUUGUUGAGAUGAUCCUUGAGUGGACCAUGAUAGAGGUAUUGCCAGAAAUAGCACAACCCUUCAUCAAGAAUAUUGUGCCGGUUGUGAUUGGGCUGCUUGAGCUAGUACCAAUAACUGAAAAGCUUGAGCUAAUAAGUGCCCUCAUGUCUGUCAUGCGUACAAAACAUGGAUGGGACCAGCUAUCAUUGGUGUCAACUGUGAAUUUGAUUCAGGCAUAUCUUACUGUGAUUGAGGGAUUACAUACUGGACCAGUUCUUGAAUCAGUUGAUCACAUCACUGCACAAAGGAUCAGCUCAGCUCUAAGACACCUGGAUAUGGAGCUACAGGACUUGUUUUCAAAUGUGUCUUCACCUAAGAUUAUUGCACUUUGUCAGAAGCUGUCUCUGAGUUUAGCCAAGGUUAAGCUGUAA